GGCGCUUGGAUCACCGCCGUGAUCCUGUUCCUGUUUGUUUGUGUCCCAUAUGUGUCCGGUGCCCCGCCGGUAUACGUGAAAAUGCACAGUGUUGUGGAUCUUACCCUUGGUGACGAGGACGACGAGCUGAUCGCACGAUCCCCAGGUGGAAGGAAGUUGAAGCAGAGCCGAUUGUCGUUUCAGGGGCUCCGAUCGGCGUCGUCGUCGAAACCGAUCGUUGCGGAAUCGAACGGUUGCGAAACACGUAAGCGGAAACCUUCCUCCGAUGCUAGUCACGUUGAUAUGCCCGUGGCCAAGGUUGUACGAAUCUCGGAUCUGCAAAGCCCGGUCGAGCAAGAUGCGACCGACGCGGUCAUUGCGAUCGACGAUAGCGAUCCUUCGGAUGAUGAGAAAAUAGACUGCGAGGACCCACCAGCACCGGAAGCGACGUCUGCGCCACGGAACUGUUCACCUGCUAAAGCACCGGGAACACCAAAGGCUGUGCAAUCCGCUGAUCCACUAAACACCACCGUCACACUCAGCAGCAGUGAUGAGGAAGGCACCGAUACGAUGUCCACUCCCCCGGAAAAGAGUGUACAGACAGCCGAUGGCCAACCAGCCGUCAAGAGAAAACUGACUGCAAAACAGAUUGCCCGCCGGCAGGAACACGAACGGAAGCUGGCGCUGAAAGAGCAGGAACGGGAAGAUAAGCGUCGGAAGCAGCAGGAAGAAAAAGAGGAGAAGGCCCGCGAAAAGGAGGAACAGGAUCGACAACGGCGCCGGGAGCGCGAAGAGCGGGACGAGCAGAAGCGGAAGGAACGCGAGGAGAAAGAUAAACGCCGCCAAUCGGAAAUCGAUCAAAAGAACGAGGAACGUCGGCGCAAGGAGGAAGAGCGGGAGGCGGAAGAAAAGCGGAAGGCCAAAGUGGCCAAAGCGUUCACAAACUUUUUCGUGAAGAAACCGAUCGCAAAGGACUCUACGCCGCCGUCCAAGGAGUCGGAUGAUGACAAUUCCCUCGAUUCGAACGGAGCCCUGUCCGGUGCCCGGUUUAUGCCGUUCUGUGUCAAAAGUGACAUGCGAUUGGCACCGCUAACCCGGAGGACGCUGUGUCCGGCGGCCAAGGAAACGCUAACGCAACUGUUGGCGGCUGACGAAGGUUUCGGUGAGGAUCAUUACCUAAGUCAACUGAAACGUAAGCGUCAUCAGCCGAUCGCAACCGGCCGUACCUGGGACACCAAAGUGGACGAGGACGAUGACGAUAUUAUGAUCGUCGACGACUCGGCGUACCACCAGAUCGAGGAGGAUCACGAGGUGUUGAAGCAAACGAUGAAAGCAAAGUUUUUCCUCUUCGUAGAAAAUCGCCGACCACCGUACCGUGGUACGUGGCGCAAGCGAAGCACCGUAGUCAGAGCACGGUGUCCGUUUGCACAGGAUAAGAUCUAUUUCGACUACGAAGUCGACUCCGACGACGAGUGGGAAGAGGAGGAACCGGGCGAAUCCCUGCACGGCAGCGACGACGAGAAGGACGUCGACCCGGAGGAGGACUACGAGGUGGACAAUGAGUUCUUCGUCCCGCACGGCCACUUGAGCGACGAAGAGCUGCAGGCGGAAGAAGACGAAGACGGCGGGCCCACGGAAGACAACAGUCCCGAGGCACAGAAAGCCAAGAUUCGGAUAAUGCAGCAAGAGUUUGUGGCCGAAAUGAAAAAGAAAACGGAAAAAAUCAAACCACGGCUGAUCGGGUGCAUCUGGCAGGGCAGCUGCGGUGGCAGCGGUUCGGACAUUAUCAUGAAGAUACUGAACGAUCGUGCCAUGCUGUUCGAUCCGGCCGAUCCGAUCUCCUUUACCCGAGCGUCGACUACGAACGGCGACCAGCAGGAUGCAGACUCACCGGGCAAGCGGGGCCCCAAGAAGAGGCGUAUCUCCGAGGAAGCGGUACACGAUCUGGUCCGAUUGGUGCACGGUAACGUGAACAAUCGAAAGUUCCUGGCACGCGAGUUUCAGGCCUUUUGGGCGGCUUCUCAGGACGGCGGUGAGCGGCCGGAACUGGCUAUGGAAAGUGUUCGCAACAAGAUCAAGGAAAUAGCAGCGUGGGGCGCCUGUCCGCUGGAGGGUCCCAUGCGAGGGAAGCACUGCUGGACAGUGGCUCAAGAGGUGCUGGAAGCCCACAAUCUAACGCAACUAGCACUGCCGAACACCUGGUGCUAUCAACUGAAGGGAAGCAAUCCCGUGCGACUGGCAAAACCGAGCGCUGCGGCCGUGGUGACCGUAGAGAAGGGCGAUUAGUGGCUUAACUUUAACCCAAUUGUCCACAAACAAGUCAAACAACCUUGAC